GGUGCAUUCUGGGUCUUGCAGUUCGUGCUGAUCCAGGUUUCCGUGCGCCUCGUCCAGUGGGGAACUCCGUUUCCCACAAGGUUCCUCUCCCCCCGUGUGUCUGGGGCGGGGUGGGGAUGCGGUGUCUGUCUGAGCCUUGGCAAUGGCCUUCCCAGCGCCCAGGCCCCAGCUCUAUCGCUGGCAGCGCCUCACCGCCGCGGCCAGGCCCAAGCCAAAUUUUGACUCUGAUAAUGUGGAGCACUGGAUCAAGCGAGUGGAACAAGCCUCCGAGUUUGCCGUUUCUGAAGCUUUUUCCCUUAAAAAGUCAGCUUAUCCUCAAAGGCCACGUGGUCCUGUGGUGGAUCUGGAAACAGUAGAGCAGCUGCAGGAUCACGAUGAGGCUUAUGCAGAAGCCCAGGAGCUGCUCAAUGAUUGGAUGAAUUCCAAACUGAGACUGGAGCUAGAAAGUGACCAUGAAGAGAAUGUUGGAGAUAAUGCUGCUGAAGAGGCCCCUGCUGGGUUUGUGAAGUACGAGAGGUUUGAUGAUUUGUGUGGUUAUCUGGAACAAGAAAAGGAAAGUACCACUGUUCAGGAUUUUCUGCAGAAUCUUCUGCAAAAUGAAGUGGUAGAUUGUGGGAUAUUAGAAGGCCUCAGGAUUGAAGAAAUCAAGGAAAAGAAAAAAACAAGGGACCCACGAAUUACCAUGGAGCUAAGACACAAGCAGGUUAAAGAAAACUGUUUAAGGCGUCAGAAGGAGCUAGAGCUCCAGAGACGAGAAAAGACCCUGAAAAAAUUAGCCCUGGCUGAGGCUAAGCAGCGAGUGCAGGAGGAGAACAAAAGGCAGGCUCUGAAGGCCAAGAAGGAAGAAGAGGAGAUCCAGCGGGAGAUGGUGAAGCUGCGGAAAGAGAUGGCAGAGAAGAGGCACUUCAUGGGAGAAGCACGAAGAAUAGAGAGGAAGAGGCAAGAAUUAGAAAAAGCUCAGAAACUGGCAGCGGUGGGCCUGUCUCACACUACGCCAAAGCCCCUGGAGCAGGACAAAGAGGAGAAAAAAAGGAGAUUGCAAGAGCUGCUGAGCAAGAGUCAUAGUGAAAACCAGAAAUGCCUACAGCAGCAUUUCUCCACUUGGUACAAACUCAUUCUGGAUCAUAGGAUUAAAAUGGGGAAAGCCAAGGCCCUUGCUGACUGGAAGUGCCAGCUGAAGGCCCUGCGAGCCUGGAGGAACUAUACAUGGGUCCAGAAGUUGGAGCAGGAGACUGAGCAGUUGGAGACUCAUCUCAGGGAUCAAAACAGGAAAAAACAGUUGGCUAUUGAGCAUAACCGGAGACAGGUUUUACGGUGCUGCUUUAUAGAGUGGCAGCUCUGGAGCAGAGCCGAGGCUGAAAAGAGAAAGCUACAGUUGAGACAGAAGGAAACUAGGAAGAAGAUGGCACAGCUGCUGGAGGCAGCAUCAGUGGGGAAACUUGGCACAGACGGAUCAUGGGAUGUUGGCAGGACCAGGAUGAGAAAGGUGACCCAGGAUCAACCUGUGAGGCAAGAGGAGGGGUACAUACCAACCAUAAACCAGAUGGACUUGGCCAGUUCAGGAGACUUGGAUGGUGUGGACCAACCUUGUAGCUCCUGUACCUCCUCCCACCCUGGGAUAGCACUACAAAUGGUGACUGAAACACCCCUUCUUCAGGAGGAGCCAAUCAAUCCUGUAGAACCCUGUUGUCAGGGUGCUGGUCAGACACCCAGUCUUCAUUCAUGCAAGAAGCCCAAGUAUGCCUGGCAGGUUACCCUACAACACGCUGCUGUGAAUUCACAGGAUCACGCUGAAUCCAGUCAUCAAACAGUCAGUCCCAUACAAUGGUUUGGGGCACCUGGGAAAAAAGUGGCCCCUGCAUUCAGGGGCCACUUUGAGCACCGCUAUGCCUUCCAGCAGCAGCUGAUUGAGAAGCAGAGGAGGCAGCUUCAAGAACAGCAGGAGGUGAUCCUCGAACUGCAGGAAAACCAAUGGCUGAGGAGGGCUAAGCAAGAGGCAGAGCAAGCCACAGCUGUCACCAUGGCACUCAACAAUCCAGUCCCAAAAAUUAAGGAAAAAAUGCUGAAGAGAGGGGAUCUGUCAAGCUGCAAGAGCGUGUCAUCUUUAAGAUGGGGAAACUGGGACCAAGAGAGGUUGAGUGACUUCCCCAAGGUCCCACAACGAGACUGCAGCAAAACUGAGACUAGAAGCCAUGAAUCCGGACUCUCACCCUUGAUUAUUAUACGCAAUGAGGCCUUGCGUAAGGAAGCCAUGGAAGAGAGAGCAAUUCACCGAGCAGAACGGAGGAGGGAACUGGAAGAGGCCAAGAGAAAAAGAGAGGAGGAGAAACUGGUGCAGCUGAAGGCCGAAGAGGAAGAGCGUCAGAGGAAGGAGGCUGCUGAAAAAGAGGCCCAGCUGGAGAAGAGGAGGGAAGAGAGGAGACAGCAGAAAUUGAAAGAACUGGAGAAGCAGAGAAGGCUGGAGAAAGAGCGGCAGCUCCUGGCAAAAGCCAGAGACCAUUACGAGAAGGUCCUGCUGAGAAAGCAGGGGCUGGAGCCCUGGAAGAGGCUGAGGGAGCAAGCCAAGGAAAACAUGGUGGUGGCACAAAAGCACCACAGCUCGGGAUUGCAAAGAAAGUGCCUGCUGGCCUGGCUCUGGCACAUCCAGGAGAGCCUCGCUGAGAAGAUGGCUCAAGCUGAGGAAUUCUCGUCCCGCAUGUUACUCAAAAGGGGCUUCAGGAGCUGGUUAAAGCUCAAGGAUUCUCUCUCUGCUCUGGAAGAGAGAGCUAGCAGGCUCUAUGCAGCCUCCCUCAAGAAAAAGUUGUUCUGGGCAUGGUUUGACCUGCUCAACGAGGAGAAGAGUGUAUUAUGGGAAAAGCAGAAGAUCGCAGCUGAGCACAGUGAUAGGAGAAUAACACUGACCAUGUUCAGGGCCUGGAGGCAGUACCCAGCACUGAUGAAGGAGGAAAGAGAAAAAGAGGCAAGGAGAGAGCAGCUACGCAAGAGAGUAGCCGAAAUUCUCCCCGACUUCCGAAGAUGACAGGAAGGACUCUGGGCAACGCUCCCUCCUUGAUGAGCAGAGUGGACCUAAGUGGAAGGCUUCAGCUAGUGAUGUGAGCUUACCCCUGUGAAUGACAGGAGCUCUUCCUGGUUUGGUGCAGUGGGGGGCAAAGCAGGUGUUCUAGGGCCCAUGGCCACUUGUGUUUCAAGUGCCACUUUUACCGUUCAGUCUAACCUGAGGAUGACAGUGGAAACUGGACUGUUGGUGUCACUCUUUAGCCACAAGGCUGCUUUCCCACAGUGGGAACACACCAGAGCAACACCCCAUCAGACAGGCAGUGAGCAGGGCUAGAACACGAGAAUCAAGGCAGGAUAAAUUCCAGGCCAGAUGCACUUUGCUUCCAAACCGCCCCAGGGAUUUUUGCUGCCUUUAGCAUAGGGCUGGCGAAAUGAAACACUGAACUUCCUCCCUCAGGGACAGGAAGCGCAGAACCGAAACGUGCCUUUUUGCACUGGAGCAGAGCCCGGGAAGCCUUUCUGUUGUCAGUACUCUUGUCUUGUGGUUUGACACAAUGUGGCUGUAUCUGCAAAUAAAGCAGCGGACAUGUUGUUCCUUGA